AUGCGCGCCGUCAACGCCGCCGCCGUCAACGCGCGCGCGAGCGCGUUGGCGAACCGCGCGUCCAGAGAUGGAACAGUCUCGAAGAGCGCUCGACCCGCCGCCGCGCGGUCGACGCACGCGCGCCGCGCCGUCGUCGCCCGAGCCGAGGUGGACCCGCAAUCGCUCGCGAUUCUCCAACAAAAGCUCGGACAGACGAUCCGGUUCGAAGGCGCCGGGGCGGAGUCGCUGAACAAGGGGGUCUUGCUGGAUAAGAGCGGCGCGGCGAUGUCCAAGGGUGAUAAGAUUGAGACGCGAGACCCGAACGCGCUGGAGAUUUGUCACGAUCCGGAGGGAUUGUUCCCGGACGUGGACGAGACGAGCUCGAGCAUGCUGAUCGACCGACGAUUAGCGGCGAGGAACGCGGAGCUGGAGAAGGAGGCGGAAGAGGAGGCGAAGAAGGAACACAAGAAGAGACGGGAGGAGCUGCAAGCGGCGAGAGACGCGCGACAGCAACCCGGGGUGGAUGAUCCGGAGGGCUUGGUGCAGUACUUUUUCGAGACGGAGAUGAAUGAGAUGGAGUACGAGAUCGUGCGAUGCCGACCGUUGCUCACCGAUAGCUUUUUCCAAUCUCUCACGAAGAGCAUCGAGACGGCGGAUGGGAUCGACAAGGAGAGACGCGAGGCGCUCUACACCGUGACGAGCGGCUUCGUUGGUUUCGUCGAUCAAACCACGCGAGCGAUGCUGCAGCCGCGUGAGCGCAUGAUGAAACUUCUUCAGGCCAAGGACAAGAAGGCGAUGAUCCUCGAGAUGGUGGAAACUGGCGAGCUCGACGUCAACCUCAUGGCGCUCCUGAAGACAAACGAAAACACCGCUCGCGAGGCCGGCAAGACGCAAGAGGCUGAAUUCUUCAAAAAGAUUUACAACGCGUGCUCCAAGUUCGUGAGCGUCUAA